AUCGCAAUUGAGUCGUUCCAAUGAAAAACUGUGUGUGAAGAAUAAUAGUACUACCAAUCACUUUUGUUUUAGUUAUCAUCUAUGGAAUGAGACUUCUGAAACUUCCAAGUUUAUAUAUUCGAUUAUAAGCAACAGUUAACUUGUGGCGUUUUGCUGUGACACUUUUCCUUCAAAAGAGAGAUUUCAGGAUUUGCAACACUAUUUAUAUAUAUACACACACAUCAUGGCUACGGCUCCGUUCAUUCACGCGCGCUGUUCUUACACGUCUCGAAUCUCCAAUUUCAUCAACAAGAGUGGCUCGCAACAAAGCCCCGUCGCAUCUUCCUCUUCUCAUGCUUCUCAUUCCUCCUCUUCUUCUUCUUCGUCUUCCGCGUCCAAUUCCGGUUUCAAUUUUCCUUCUGGUACAAACAGUGGACAGAGACACCAGGGCCUAAGAGCUCAUGCUAUGAGUGCUACCACUAAUGGAAAGUCUAUUUCUAGCAUGGGAAAUUCUAGGAAUGACCCAGAUCAUCUCCUUGUUCUUGUUCAUGGUAUCUUGGCUAGCACUGCGGACUGGACUUAUGCAGAAGCAGAGUUGAAAAGGCGCCUUGGAAAGAACUUUCUAAUUUUUGUAAGUUCAUCAAAUACUUAUACUAAGACGUUUACUGGGAUUGAUGGAGCUGGAAAACGAUUAGCUGAUGAAGUCUUGCAAGUUGUCAGAAAAACAGAAAGUCUGAAAAGAAUCUCCUUUCUGGCCCACUCUUUAGGAGGCUUGUUUGCUAGAUAUGCGAUUUCUGUCCUCUAUUCACGCGAUACAUAUAAUAGGGACCAACCUGAUGAUCUUGCAACCAACACGGAAGGAAAUUCCCAAAGCACAAGCUUUUCGAAAGGAGGGAUGAUUGCUGGGUUGGAGCCAAUCAAUUUUAUUACUUUAGCUACUCCACAUCUUGGUGUAAGAGGAAAAAGGCAGCUUCCAUUUCUGUUGGGCGUCCCAAUACUAGAAAAGAUUGCUGCACCUAUGGCUCCUUUAUUUGUUGGUCGGACAGGUAGUCAGUUGUUCCUUACUGAUGGUAAACCCAACAGACCACCUCUUCUGUUGAGAAUGGCUUCUGAUUGUGAAGAUGGAAAGUUUCUAUCUGCACUUGGAGCAUUUAAAUGUCGCAUUAUUUAUGCUAAUGUUUCAUAUGAUCAUAUGGUUGGAUGGCGCACAUCCUCGAUAAGGAGGGAAAUGGAGCUCAGUAAGCCUCCUAGCCAAUCUUUAGAUGGAUACAAGCACGUGGUUGAUGUUGAGUAUUGCCCUCCAGUCCCUUCCGAUGGUCCUCAAUUUUCUCAAGAAGCAAUGAAAGCAAAGGAAGAAGCUCAAAAUGCACCUGGUACCCAUAAGACUGUGGAAUAUCAUGAAAUUAUCGAAGAGGAAGUCAUACAGGGAUUACAACAGUUGGGAUGGAGAAAAGUUGAUGUCAGCUUCCAUUCAUCAUUCUGGCCUUUCUUUGCUCAUAACAACAUUCAUGUGAAAAGUGAGUGGCUUCACAAUGCUGGUAUAGGAGUAAUUGCUCAUGUGGCUGAUAGCUUGAGACAACAAGAAGCAUCGUCAAUAUUGACUGCUAGCUUGUAACUAGUGUAUGUAACUUCACUAUGCCUGAGACAUGAGUAACUGCAUAAUACAGGAUUUUUAUUUUAGGUGUCACCAAUAUUAUUACAACAAUUUUUUAUAAUCAUAUAUUCAUGACACAAUAUGAAUUUAUAAAAAAAAGUACAGGAAAACAUGUAGUAGUUUUUACUUAAUUGUAGUUAUUAUGCAACUUAAUAUAAGGAUUCGUUAUCACUCUCUAA